CCCGGCACCGGAUCAACUUCCGCCAUUUUCUCUCGCUCGCCUCGCCAUUUCUCUCUUCUCAAAUGCCUUAGCGAUCCGCAGCGCACGCACGCACGGACGGACGCCAUGGACGAAGCCCUGGUGGGCAGGCUGGAGGCCGCGGUGUCCCGGCUCGAAGCUCUCAAUGGCGCCGCCGGUGCCACGGCGAGAGGCGGCUACGGCGGCCAGGUCGACCACGCGUCGGCGCAUGACCCAGCGAUCCUGGCGUUCGACGAGCUCGUCGCCGGCGCCGUCGGGAGGGUGUCGGCGGCGGCCGGCAAGAUCGGGGCGGAGGUCGCGGAGGUGACCAGGGUGCUGGAGAAGGCGUUCUUGGUUGGGAAGGACCUUCUUGUCAGGACCAAGCAAACUCAGAAGCCAACCGUGGAUUCCAUCGCAGUAUUCAUGGGGCCUCUGAAUGAAACAAUAUUGGAGGCAAAUUCAUUGGCAGAGGGGACAAGAUCGAGCCAUGGCAACCAUCUGAAAGCAGCCGCCGGUAGCCUGGCCGCUCUGGCGUGGAUUGGGUACACCGGCAAAGGUUGCGGUAUGCCCCUUCCUAUUGCUCAUGUAGAAGAGAGUUGGCAAAUGGCAGAGUUCUACAGCAAUAAGGUGCUUGUGGAGUACAAAAGCAAGGACCCUGAUCAUGUAGAGUGGGCAAAAGCUCUAAAAGAGCUCUUCGUGCCUAGUUUGCGUGACUAUGUGAAGACAUUCUACCCUUUGGGCCCUGUGUGGCAACCUCCUGGGAGUUCAACAAGCAAAGCACCUUCUGCUCCCUGCCCUCCUUCUGCAUCUCUUUUCAGUUCUUCAGCUCAAUCAUCACAACCAAAAACCGGAAUGUCCGCAGUCUUCGCUGAAAUCAGCUCUGGGAAAUCAAUGACACAAGGUCUUAGGACGGUGACAGCUGACAUGAAGAGCAAGAAUAGAACGGAUAGAACUGGUGUUGUAGCUGCUGAAGGAAAAGAAGCUCAUAAGAAACCCUCCUCUAGUUCAACCAAAUUACCUUCUAAAUUGGAGCUCCAAAUGGGUCGCAAAUGGAUUGUUGAACAUCAUGUUGGCAACAAGAACUUAGUAAUUGAAGAUUGUGAUACCAAGCAAUCCAUAUAUGUAUUUGGAUGCAAGGAUUCUGUGCUACAGGUCAAAGGAAAAGUGAACAACAUAACUAUUGAUAAGUGUAGCAAAAUGGGAUUAUUGUUCAAGGGUGUUGUCGCUGCUUGUGAAAUUGUGAACUGCAACAGUAUAGAGGUCCAAUGUGAGGGCUCUGUACCAACUAUAUCGAUUGAUAACACUUCUGGCUGCCAACUUUAUUUAAGCAAGGAAUCUUUAGAGACAUCUAUAACAACUGCUAAAUCUAGUGAAAUCAAUGCUCUUGUUCCAGAUGCAAACAGCGACGGCGAUUGGGCCGAGCAUUCCUUACCCCAGCAGUUCAUUCAUGCUUUCAAAGAUGGGCAAUUUACAACAUUACCAGCAUGUCAUUCAGGCGGCUGACCUACUUCACCAUCAACGCCUUUCAUUAUUGGAGUUCGUUUUCUUUUAAUUGUUUAAAUUAACUAACCAGUUACCCUUCCAUCCUGGUUUGUACAUAGAGCAAGCCAGUCCUGUUCAUUUGGCUCAGGUACUGCACAUUUUCCUCUACCACAACGUAUUAAUCCUACAGUUCCAACUAGGAAGAAUAAUCUUCUGUCAGGCUGUAUGCAAUUCAGUAAUUUUGUAACUGUUCUACUGAAUGUAAUAGUACUCUCAAGUCUCAAUUCUCCAACAAAUAAAAUGGCAUCAAUUCACUUUUA